AUGCCUACUGCCAUGGGAACCCCUGCCCUGCUGUGGAUAGCUCUGCUGCUCUUCUCUCCAGAUGGCAUAUCAGCAGCCAUCUGGAAAUCUAAGAUAUCCUUGAAUCCCCCAUGGAACAGAAUAUUCAGAGGAGAGAAUGUGACUCUUACAUGUAGAGGGAACAAUUCCCGUGAAGAUAACUCCACUUUGUGGAUCCACAACAAAAACUCUUUCAAAGCAAAAACUUCACGUUGGGACAUCACGAAUGCAAGCAUCCAGGACAGUGGGGAAUAUAUAUGCCAAAGCAAAGGAAUUUUCAUUAGUGAACCUGUGUACCUAGAUGUCAUCAGUGACUGGCUGCUCCUUCAGGCCUCUGCUGAGAUAGUGUUGGAGGGCGAGCCCCUCUUCCUCAGGUGCCACGGCUGGAGGAAUCUGAAUGUCUACAAGGUGACUUACUUCAAGAAUAACAAAGCCCUUAAGUACUGGUAUGAGAACCACAACAUCUCCAUUACCAACGCCACAACAGGGGACAGUGGCACCUAUUACUGCAUGGGCAUAAUUCAGCAGAUACUCUAUACUUCUAAUCACCUCAGCAUUAAAAUAAAAGAAGAUUCCAUGCCAGCUUCCCAAAGCAAAUAUUUCUGGCUACAAUUUCUUAUCCCAUUGUUGGUGAAGAUUCUGUUUGUUGUGGACACAGCGUUGUUUAUCUCGACCCAGCGGCAGUUCACAUUUCUCUUGAAGAUUAAGAGAACCAGGAAAGGCAACAAAUUUAUGGACCCACAGCCCAGACCAGAACCCCCAAAGAACUGA